ACGAUCCUGCUGUGAAGAAAGAAAGGGAGAAAUUCUGUAGAGAGAUAGAUCCGAAAGGGAAAUUACAUGGCGGCGGAAGAGGCUUAUGUUCCCAUGACUCCGAAGAUCGCCCGCUUUCUAUACUUCGUCGCUGCUGGAUAUAUAUGCACCACAGCUAUAAAUAAAUGGAGAGAUUACGACAGAAAAUCUAAUCUGAAACGCCAGCAACAGGAUAAUGAUCAAUUGCCCCAGCAGAUUCCUUCAGAUGUGGUAUAUAAAGCUUCCGAAUAGUUAGGGUGAAAUCUUUUCAUGUUUCAGCUCUAAUUAUUCUCUACAAGAUUUGAAAUAAAAACUCCCACCCUCUUUAUUUUCAAAUUUCUCUGUCUUUGUGCUUCUCUUUCAGAAAUUGAAAGGCCAAAUUGUCAUUCAAGUUAUGUUGUGAACAUUGCAUUAGUGCUAGUAUGUUUUUCUCAUUGAAACAUAUCUGUUAAUGAUAGUAUUUGAUUGAGUAAGGAUCUUGCUCUCA